UAAAAAGAGUAUUAAAUGGAAAAAAUAAGAAUUGCCAACAACACCUUUACAGAAAAUGCAGGAGCAGGCAGAGGAGGGACUUUCAUCCCUACCAAGCCAGCCCCUUCAACAAAACAACAAAUGCUCUUCCAACUCUUGCAGGGAAUGACCCAGAUCAGUGACACCCAAGACAACCACCAGAAUGAGGGUGAGAAGGAGCCACAUGAACUGGCGGAAAUGUGCCUGAGGGAGCUGGUUUCUCGGGCAACUUAUGGCAAGAUACACAACGUCAUCAAGCCUUUGCUGAUCCAUUUAGACUACGAAGGACUGUGGGUCAACAACAGCUUUGCUGUGCAGGUCUUCAAGAUCGUCAUGUACUCCAUACAGGCUCAGUACAGCAUCACAGUGAUAGAGCUCCUGAUGGCACACCUCAAUGAGAAGAGCAGCGAGCCGGCGCAGAUAAGGACAGGCAUCGCAGACGUGCUUUCCAAGGUGAUUCCAAUCGCUGCGGGAGAAUGCAUAGGCCCUUCGGUCAUUGAGAUCAUCAACUCCCUGCUGGAGCACAUCCGCUCCUCGGUGGUGGGUGGAGUGAGCGGAAAGGAGAGCUCAGCUGAGAAGAUGUACCAGGAGACGCUAAUCCAUGCUCUAGGAGAAUAUGCCAACCACCUGCCUGACUAUCAGAAGAUCGACUCCAUGGUCUUCAUCCUGAAUAAGGUGCCGGGUAGUGACCGAGUGGACGAUGGAGGUUCACAGCGACCUGAGGCAGAGGUUAAACUUCAGCAUCUGCUCCUCAAGUCACUUCUCAAGGUCGGAACCAAGUACACGACGGUGCAGUACUCAACCACCUUUGCACAGUCUUUCCUGGUUCGUCUCAUGCGCCUCUCCGUCUCGAGUGACGCCGAGGUCCGUCUCACGGUGCAGCAAAUUCUCCACACACUCAUUGACCGCCACCAGAACAUUGAGAAGCUUGCCAAACCAACCCUUGAGGUGAGUCGACUGGGCCUGACAAUGAGCAAGCCGGUGCGUCAAGACGUCAACUUCUGGAAGAAGUCUGGCAACGAGAUCAUGCUCUCCAUCCAAGAGAAUUGCGAGUUCAGCAACAACCGCCUGGUCAACAUUGAGGCCAUUUAUGCCACCCUCAUGCUGCUCAUGGCCGAAAUUCGCUCAGAUGAUGUCAUGGUGGACAUCCUGAGGGUUCUGUUCCAUGUGCAGGGCGUGGCACAGAAUGGCACAGUGAGUGGACCGCAGGGCAUCCAGCUGCAGGCGCUGGUGGCAAGCGUGAUGGUGGUCAUCUCCCACCUGGUGCCCACGCUCAAGGACCACGUGGCAGCAGUCAUCAAGAAGAGGUCCGAUGAGGCGCCACACCUGCUGCCCGAGAUCUUGGCCAGCUACGAGUCGGGCCUGCCCUGCUGCGACCUCCCAGAGGACCUGCUGUUCGACCACUCCCAGGUCCUUGAUCUUCUGGCCAACACGAAGUGAGUUGGGGAAAGGUUGGAGGGACCCUUCCUUUUAUCUAUCAGUGUAGCUUAUCGAGCCUUUUAUGGAUGUGUGUUUUCCUUGCAGUAUCCAUAUCUUCUCUCUAGGUAGCCUAUAAAUCCGUGCAGUAACCAUAACAAUAAGGAACAUUUUAUGUUUUUUUUGUCAUUUUUUCAUAUUUUUGUAUUUUAAAUUUUUCGUAAUACUCCCUGGAGCCGGUGCUCUUCUAGUCAUGGCUUGUCAAUGGUACACUCCGUAUUCUUUAACCAAUGGAAAUGAUGCAGAAUCCCUUCUUAAAUGCCCCCUGCAUCUAAUCAGCCUCCGAGAGCUUUGUACACUUGUGGCAAGUUGUCAUUCUAGCCUUCAAUCAUAAUUUUUCAAGAUGGCUGAUAUCUGCUACCUGGCCCAUUGCCAAAAUUUUUCAUGAAGUGACGAUCAUAUCACCUGGAUCCAAGGGGCUAACAGCAACAGGUGAACUCCCA